AUGCCUUCCCGACAGUCAACAGUGCCGAAUCUCGACUUAGGCUCGUUGAAAGCCGAGACAAACAAUGGCAAGCUUUCGUCUCCCAUAACACCCGGUGCGCAGAGCUCCGAUCUGCCCAGUCCCUUAACACCCAAGUCUGCAUCCAGCUCCCCAUUGUUCAAGGGUGCCACUAUCCGUCCGGUCACCCAAGAUAGCAGCAAGGUGAACAGCCCGACGAUACCAACCUCGCCUGGGUCUGUGGCAGCCGAGCCCCCAACCCCUGGUCUGACGGCCAUCCCUCAACAGUUCCCUUCACCCAAGGACUCGUCAAAACACAGUCGCGAUGCAUCGAAAUCAUUUUUUCGGCACGCUAAAGGCCCCCAAGACGUCUCAUCGCCCACAGAGAUCAGAUGGUUCAGAUCAUUCGACCGAGCCUCCCAAGAGUCGUGGAAGUUCUCGGGAUCGCAAAUCGCAGAUGCCACCCAAACUAUACGAGUCGAGCCCCGAUCUGCCAACUAUGGACAACAUACGAGUGAAAAGACCACACAACAAAGCGGCCACAAGAAGGCAGGGACCGAUCCGGAGCAGGCAGCCUCGAAAAAGAAUAAACCGAGGUUCGGCAACCUCCUGGGUCGCUCUCGGUCGAUUCGUGUCGAUGAAUCUUCCGGGAAUCGGGCCGCCGGCCGACGACCCUCGACUGGCCUAGCGAAACUGGAGGAAUUCAGCCAGAAGGAUACGACCACUGCCCGCGUUCUGCAACACCGCGGAGGAGAUGGCCAUUCUUUACGAAAGGAGAGGAGCCACGGAGGAUCUAUGGUCGCGUCAGGCUCGCUGAGCCAAGUUUCCGGUGCAUCGGCCGCGAUUUUCAACAACCUCAAGCAGUCAUCGUCUGGUGCUGCGGAUCGUUUAGGCAAGGCUGGAAAGGGAUUCUUCGGCAAGAUUACUCGGAGCGGAAGCACGAACGAGCGCGAGCUGAUCAACGAUGACAACUACGUCUGCUCUGUGAUCAACCUUCCCCUGAUACAGCAAGCGAGGAAGACUCGCAUCUGUAAGAAGCUGGAAGCCUGUCGGGACAAAACCGAGUUCUGGAUGCCUGCGCUUCCAUACCGUUCUAUCGAUUAUCUCAACUUCAAGGGCUGCGAGGAAGAAGGUCUAUACCGGGUACCGGGAAGUGGCCGAGAAGUCAAGCACUGGCAAAGGCGCUUCGAUACAGAGCUCGACAUUGAUCUUUUUGAUGUCCCGGAUCUAUAUGAUAUCAACACGAUUGGGUCCUUGUUCAAAGCCUGGCUCCGUGAAUUGCCCGACGAGCUCUUCCCGAAAGCGACUCAAGAUAUGAUCGCUGAGAAGUGCGAGGGCGCCACAACGGCUCCGCAAUUGCUGAAGGACGAACUCUCUAAAUUGCCACCAUACAACUACUACCUUCUCUUCGCCAUCACCUGCCAUCUCAACCUCCUCCACUCAUACGUGGAUCAAAAUAAAAUGGACUAUCGCAACCUGUGCAUUUGCUUCCAACCCUGCAUGAAGAUCGACGCAUUCUGCUUCCAAUUCCUGGUCUGCGACUGGAAGAAUUGCUGGCAGGGCUGCUGGACUGAGAAGGAGUAUGUGCAGAAGGAAAAGGAAAUGGACGAGGCAGAACAGAAAGUCGCGGCGGAGAAGAAUACCCCCAAUCGCAGUAGGCCUGAUCUUCCCCAGUCUUCUUCCAGUCACGAACGCGCCGUUUCUUCCAGUUCCAGCUCACAGGCCGAGGAGGAACGACCUCGACCAAAGACUCGAGGUGAGUCUCGACCAAAGACUCGGGGUGAGGCUCAACCAAAGACUCGGGGUGAGGUUCAACCAGAAACUCGAAGUGAGUCUCGACCUGACACUCUGGGCGAGCCUCGAACACGAAAGGCGAAGCCGAAGAACAUCGAGACCGCACAUACACGAAGCAUCUCCCAGCUCCCGGAACUCGGACCUCCCCUUUCUCCCAUCAAAAUCUAA